CCUGUCUCGUGCGCAGUCAGAGGAAUAGGGGAGGGGUUUAGUGGGAGCAGAAGAAGGCGCUGAGCUCAAACUACGGAAGCUCGGCGGGGACGCCCUCGCGAGUUUCAUAACAUGGGUCGCCGGUCGUCAGAUACUGAAGAAGAAAACAGAAGCAGGAGAAAAAAGAAACACCGUAGAAGAUCAUCAUCAAGCAGUUCUUCUGACAGUAGAACUUACAGCCGUAAGAAAUCAGGAAGGAAGUCAAGAUCACGGUCUCGGGAUCUCCAGUUUCGUUCACAUUCAUAUGAAAAGAGGCGCAGACAUCGAUCUAGCAGCAGCUCAUCAUAUGGAUCCAAGAGAAAACGGAGCCGCAGCCAAUCAAGAGGGCGAGGAAAAUCAUAUCGGUCUCAGAGAUCAAGAUCAAAGAGCAGAACAAGAAGAUCACACUCCAGACCCCAACAACGUUCUUAUAGCCGAAGUAGCGAAAGAACCAGUCAUAGAAGAAGUCGCAGUAGAUCUCGUGACAAAGAAAGACGUAAAGGCAGAGAUAAAGAGAAGACAAGAGAGAAGGAGCGAGCCAAAGGGAAAGAGAAGGAUCAGCAUUACAGUAAAAGUGGGGAUGCUGGAAACAUCAAAGCUGGAUUAGAACAUCUGUCUGCUGCAGAACAGGCCAAAGCUAGAUUGCAGUUGGUUCUUGAAGCUGCUGCUAAAGCUGAUGAGGCAUUAAAAGCUAAAGAGAGAAGUGAAGAAGACGCAAAGAAGAAAAAGGAAGAAGACCAGACCAGUCUUGUGGAGCAAGUGAAACGAGUGAAAGAAACUGAAGCAAUUGAAAGUGACUCCUUUGUUCCACAGACAUUCAGAUCAAGCAAGGAAGUCAAAAAGACAACAGAACCUGUUGAAGUCAAGACUGAGCCUGCAACAGCAGAAGUGGGUAGUGCUGGUUCAGCUAUUACUGAAAAAGAAACACUGACUGGAACUAUUCCUAAAGCUAUCAAAUACCAAGAUGAGAACUCAUUAGCUCACCCUAAUCUGUUUGUGGACAAAGCAGAAGCAGAAGAAAGAUGGUUGCAGAGGCUGAUUGCUCUUCGACAAGAAAGGCUAAUGGGUAGCCCUGUGGCAUGAGUAAAUGAAAUUGUCUACAGUAUUUCCCUGUCUUGUCUGCUGUAAAAUUUCCAUGGUAAAAUUGGAUAAGUGUCCAAGUAAAUACAGUCUAUGCUAAAAGAAA